AUGACCCCGGACAUCGCCCUGUUCCAGUACGGCUACCUCCUGCCUGGAGAGGAUCCCAGGGCGCGGCAGCCCCUCAGCCGCGUGGACGAGGCGGGGUUUGACCCGGAGGCUGACCUGGCGGGGCCUGACGUGCUGGCGCCCCCCAGGCCCCCGCUGACAGCCGUGGACCCCCUUGAGCGCCUGCGUGCCGAGCAGCAGCGCGUGCAGGCCCUGGCAAACGCGCUUGCCCAGGGGCGGCCAGCGGCCGAGGCCGCGAUUCUGGCGGCGUCAGAUCCAACGGGCGGGCUGCUGCGGGAUGUGCUGGCGUGGAGGGUGCAGCGGCAGGAGGCGCUGGGGGCGGAGGCGCGGCGGCUGGCCGAGGAGAUCGCGGCUGCAGCUGGGCGCAACAUGAGCGAGCCGGAAGGGACCCAGGACGACAGCGGCAGCGGCAGCGGCUUCAGCGACGGCACCGGCAACGGUAUCGGCGUCAAAGUCAGCAGCAACCGCAGCAGCGUCGGGAGAGUUUGCGUGGCGGGGAUCGAAGGCGAGGGCGCUUGCUCUGCUGGUGCUGAUACAGGCGUGUUGCCCUGA